CGUGUGAGGAAUUUGAGAAGCGAAGCCAUUUUGUGUUGUGAUCCAAAUCCAGAAAUGCGAGAACAACGACUUUUUGAUCUGUGACUGAAAGAUUUCCCUCCAAAACUUCAAAGGGGGAUUAUUAACGACUUUCAAACGUUCGAACUGGUUUGGAUGCCAGUCGAGUGCUAGCCAGAAAUGGCGUAUAAAUACAUUUUGUCGUGCAUCAUAUUGGCUUCCAUCUUCCAAGCAGUUUUCCUCGAGCAAGACGAUGGUUGUCCUGCAAUAAAGGUGAAGAAGGACCAAAUUAUUAGAACAAAAGAGGCUUUGAAUAAUGGAGCGAAAUAUCUAGCGAAGGAAAAGGUCGAGUCAGCCCGUGAAUGUUAUAAACUAUGUUGUCAGAAAGGUGGUUGUAAUUUGGGAAUGUUGUCAUACAAGAACGACUCAAAUGGCCAUCUUGUACGAACUUGUUAUCUAUUUGAUUGUGGUUCGCCAAGUCGAUGUACUUUUUCUUCAUACAAACAUUAUGCCACAAUUACAUUUGAGGAAAGGAAGAAGGACAAUCCUGGGAAAGAUGAGACGAGAAAAAACACUUAUAAUCAGCCAAAACCAAGUAACCAUCGGUGGAAUAAUGGAGGUUGCCCUGAAGGAGUCCCAAAUGUUAGAUGUUAUUCAAACCCUUGUGAUACAGAGAUAUGUCCUAGUAAUCCAUGGGCUACUUGCAAGAAAAGUGAAUGUGGAUCAUGUCAUGCAGAAUUCUACAAUGAUGAUGGCGAUAGAGUUAAAUGUUAUGAAUCAGGAAGUUACCAUAAGCCCAAGCCAUUGCAUUCCACUAGCAGUAAAUGGACUCAGCAAGAUAUCUUAAGACAAAUAGAUCGUUUACAGAAUAACAAGCCCGAGCACCCUGCCGCACACCAGGCAAACAAGAACAGCAAUCUUGAAACUCAUCUGAAUCAAUACACAAAUAAUAAACCAGCGUCACAUCAACGUAACUCAAUGCCUGAUGACUGGGAUAACAAGAUGGGAAAGAAAGUAACAGACCCACCUCUUCAUGAAUGGAGAGAUUUCAUUGAUAACAACCCAAAAUAUGCCAAACCAAAAUUAGCCACUAAAAAGCCCACCAGGAAACCAACAACUUUCCAUCAAUGGAGAGAGUUCAUCGAUAAUAAUCCAAAGUACACAAGGCCUCAAACUAAACCAAAAACUCCAAAACCAACACAAACGACUACAGAGAGGACAACAGAGAAAACAACUCAAAAAACAGCACACAAAACAUUACCCAAAACAACCAAAAAGAUGACCAAACCUCAUGUCAUUCCAAAAACCAAACCUGCCAUAGAAGAAAGGCCUAUCACAUACAUCCCUCCAAAAGUUGACGAUCAAAGCAGAAGAGCUGGUAAUAUCUCAGAUGUUGUCGUCAUUGAAACAAGCAAUCUUCGUAUCGUAGAAAACAAAGCAGUCGUCCCACUAGCAAUUUUCCUCGUUGUUGCACUUAUCUUGCUCUUCGUAGUUGCCUUACGACUAAGAGUUAUGAAGAGUCGUUUGAGAAGAAAAGCAUUUGCCACUGAUGAUGCAGAUUACCUCAUUAAUGGAAUGUACCUGUAGUGUAGUUUAGUUGUUUGUUAGAAAUUAGUUUAUUUAUAUAUUGUGUUAAGCUAAAAAAGUAGUUGAAAUGCUUUAAAUAUUAAGUGUCUAAAAAAUGUGCAAAUGCUGAGGUUUGAUGAUGAUGAUGCAUGUCAAUCAUGAAUUUUUCAACCUAUUUCAUACUCAUUAAAGUUCAUAAUAUAUGUGACGCUGAUUAGCACUUGGACGCAAAUGCCAAUAUUAAAAUACCAUCAAAUUUUUGUAAAAAAAGAAUAACUUGUUCUUGAAAUUCAAUACGAAAAAUUGAGAACAUACUGUACAUGAUUGAAUCAUACUGUACGACUUGUUUGAAUCAGUAAUGAUAAUCUGAAUGGUGUUAACACUGUAUGAAUUACUUCAUUAUAGCAUUUAUUUGAGACACAGUUUUAGAGUACAUUCUCUUAUCCAUGAUAUACUUUGAAAACAAAAUUGUGCAAAAUAAUUAGUAGUACAAGAUCUUCUGCCUUUGUUCUUUUAAAUGACAUAAUUGUGUGCCAUUUCAAAGUAUUUUACAGAUAAAUUGAAUUCACUCUAUGAACUUGUUUAUAGCAUGUUAAAUUAUUAAUACCAAGGUUAUUGUGGUAUUUAUUGAAAAUUUCAAAAGACAAAUGUCUUGUGAAAUGUAAUGUAGAGCUUUUGGCAAGGUGUAAAUUAUAGUUUGUAUUUUGAAUAACCAUUAUUUUCUAUGAUAAAUUUAUAAAGUAAAAAUUACAUUAGACAAUAUGCUUGUGAUCCUGUACUGUAGUUGUUUCCUAAAACUGUCAAAUUUUAACAUUACUGCAUUUUCUUUGAUACUCAAAUUAACUCUGUAAUUCUAGAUUUGUUUUAUGGGUUUGUGGAAACAACUUCUACAAAAAUUGAGCAUUGUCUAUCAAUUUUCUCUAUUCAAAUGACAAUAGCUAUAAAAAAAGGAAUUGUAAACACUGUGAAGAUAUUGCAUUGGAAUGUCAGAAUGGAGUGGUUCUCAUUAAUCUUUGAAAUACACUUUUAAGCAUACAAUACAUUAUUACUCUUUAUUCUAGACUUUGACCAUUACCAGGUACAAUUCACAGGUUAAAGAAAACCACUCUGAGUUUGCAUCAAUACUCUUCAUUUCCAGUUCAGCAACUUAUUAUAUCUUGAUUUUAUCAUACAGACUAGUUCAAUGUCUUCAUUGUAACCAAGAAAUUCCAAUGUUUGAAAAUUCAAAAUAUGUACUUAAUACAAUAGUAAUAUGGAAAUAACUAUUAUUAAUAGGAUCUCUUGAAAGAAUAUUGUGUACAUCGCAUGAUCAAAUUAAUGAGAGUAAACACAUGAAUUCCUUAUUA